AUGCAUUCAUCGUUUACGUUACCAUUCGCUCAAAAUCGAGCACAUGCUGGCUGCAGACUGGCCUGGGAGGAUAGAGGCACUAAUCUUAUACAUCCGUACGCAACUGGAAAUCAUGCGCAAGCUACGACAAUCAUUUGUUUUAUCACAUCACCAAUAACCGGCUUGGUUUAUGAUGUGAUGAUUAAUUCCAUUGUGGUCUUCAAUAUCCUGAUUAUUAUUUGUUACAUUUUGUUUAUUUGUUUUCUAAACAAAAUUGGAACAAGUAGCACAAAUAUGAAGCAUAUUUAUCGCUCGCUGAUCGUCGUCAGCCUGACAACGGUGUUUGGUUGGUUCAGCACGAUUAUCAUUGCAUUUGUUGCCAACCUUCUGCAAAUUGAAAUUGAGCUACUGUACGUUCAACUGCUGGCUGGACUUUUCGUGAAUUUUGCAUGUGCUGCGAAUUUCUUCGUCUAUUAUGUGAUGAGCACGAUUAUCAUUGUAUUUGUCGCCAACCUUCUGCAAAUUGAAAUUGAGCUACUGUACGUUCAACUGCUGGCUGGACUUUUCGUGAAUUUUGCAUGUGCUGCGAAUUUCUUCGUCUAUUAUGUGAUGAGGUUGAUCGGCUCUAAGACACAAGAACUGAUUUUGAUUAAGGAACGAGCUAUUACAGAUGGAGUAAUCUAG